AGGUGCUCCGCGCCUCGCUCGUCCCUCUAUCGCCGCCGACAGCCAGGAGAGAGGCGCAGGCGGCGCGGAGCUCCCGGAGAACAGGUUCCUAAAAAUUAGCACUAUGACUGAUGGAGACUAUGAUUAUCUGAUCAAACUCCUGGCCCUGGGAGACUCUGGGGUUGGAAAAACAACGUUCCUGUACAGAUACACCGAUAACAAAUUUAAUCCAAAAUUCAUCACGACAGUAGGGAUAGAUUUUCGGGAAAAACGAGUGGUAUACAACAGCAGAGGACCAAAUGGAUCUCCAGGAAAAGCCUUCAAGGUACAUCUCCAGCUUUGGGACACAGCCGGACAGGAAAGAUUUCGAAGUCUCACCACAGCGUUUUUCAGAGAUGCUAUGGGCUUUUUACUGAUGUUUGAUCUCACCAGUCAACAGAGCUUCUUAAAUGUCAGGAAUUGGAUGAGUCAGCUGCAAGCCAAUGCAUAUUGUGAGAAUCCAGAUAUAGUCUUAAUUGGUAAUAAAGCUGAUUUAUCAGACCAAAGGGAGGUAAACGAAAGGCAAGCAAAAGAUCUGGCAGACAAAUAUGGCAUACCGUACUUCGAAACAAGUGCUGCUACCGGACAGAACGUGGAGAAGGCUGUGGACACGCUUCUGGACUUGAUAAUGAAGCGUAUGGAGCAGUGCGUGGACAAGACACAGGUCUCUGACACAGCCAACGGAGGAAGCUCGGGAAAGCUAGAUUCGGCGAAACCGGAGGAGAAAAAGUGUGCCUGCUAAAUGUCACCUCUAAACUGUGAGAACCAGUGAAAAUAUUUCAUCAGAAUACGGCUGACCUACCACCAAAUUCAAACCGGCUCUCUUGAGCCAUGCACAGAAGCAAAGUUACAUUGUUUUAUUGGGAUUGUGCAUUUUUCUCCAAAGAACUGGUUUAAAACUAAAAGCUGUGUUUCAGUGAGGCUCUUGUGCUGAAAUGAUUCUUCCUGAUACGGUGCCAUCUUCAUGGAAAACUCUCCCACCUCUCUUCCCCACUCCUUUUCCCCCAGCCCUCAUCUUUAUUUUUCAUGUGAUCAGGAUACUAAAUAGAGGAAAGUAGCUUUAUUUUUUUAAAAAAAGAGGGAAAGAACCUAUUGUCUGCAUACACUGGAUAUUGAAAUUAAAAUGGAGGUGGGUGGUUUUCUAGGUCUGUGCCAUUUUUCCACAGAAUCCUGUUUCUUUAUAAUUCUUAAUUUUGCAUCAGGGACCGCGUGUUUUCUAAGGCAGAGAUACAAAAGAUUUUGUGGCCUAUUAAGAAAAACUUUAUCACUUGCACAGAGUAAGCAAUGCUGUCAAUCUGUCCUAACUGAAUCACUGAGACGGUGGU